UAGGUGGUACAAUGCCAUGAGGAGAAAUGGUCAGUUACCUGAUUUAUAUUGUAGGCGGUUGUUAGGGAAACGUUAUGGUACGAUGCUACAUAGUCGCGCCACAAGCUGGAGAACUUUGAACUUUCGUGUAUAGUUGGUGUCAGUUGGGACUAGCUUUGCAACGUACUUAAUAACCUUCAUGAAAAAAUUAGUUUUUAGUUUUGUGGCUUGUUUGUGAAUUGUUGGGCAUAACCAUAUAACCAGCUCUGCUGACUAACAUACCACACCAGUAAUAACGUUUUAUUAAUGUGGUGGUUGUAGCUAGCUAACUAGUUAGCUAGAUUUAUCAACAACAGAGGGGUGAGCAGGCAGAGGACAGAGCUCUAUAGACCUGAGUGUGUACAUUUUUUCUGUUGUAGCCCUUUCUGGGUGUAGCUGACAGACAAAAGAUACUGUUUGCUUUGUUUGCUUAAGAAAGGUAAUUUGACACAAUGGGCAAAGUAAAACUUCAAACCAACGACGAAACUCAAAAGACAAAUUAUGCUUUUUAUGGCAUAUUUGGUCUUGUAACAUAUUUCAUAUGGUGUGACUUGAGUUUUUUUGGUGGACUUUCUGAAGAAAAAAAUAGACAUAAACUAUAUAGAAAUACUACUUUACUGUCACAAAAAACAGUUAAACUCAGGAUGCAAGAUCACUUUGGACAUUACAUAUUUUUACCGUUUUGUGUAUGGCUUGAUAAAACAUUAGGCAUUUCAAAGAUUUCAUUUAUCAGCCCAAAUGUAAUCACAUCUGUGCAUUUUUGUUGUGCUAUAAUUGCUGGUAGACUACUUGCCAGUAGGGCAAUAUCAGUACGGCGAUUUGGUGUAAUCUUGUAUGAAUUUAGAAGCAUGCUGGAUGUUUUAGAUGGUGUAGUAUUUAGAGCACAGUCAACUAAAAAAGAAUUUUUAUCUGGAUGGGGAACAUAUGGUUAUAUGAUUGAUGGACUUGCUGAUACUAUAGGUGGCCUGUUUGUAAUGGUUGGUACAAUAUAUAGACUUAAUAAGUAUCCUCCCUUCAAAAAUCCUGAAGCUGUUGCAAAAUUAAAAUCAAAAUUCAAGAAUGGUGAUGAAGAAAGUGGUGAAAGACUAUUAGUUGCUGAAGAUUCUUGUAGCGAAGAGGUAGUUGAGGUAUAUGGAUUAAAAAGAUAUUCGAAAAAAGAAAUUAACCUGACAAUAUUGUUUUUCACCGUCACUGUUAUCUUAAGAAGUGCAUUGUGGGAUCAUUUCAAUCAUUCUUAUCAUAAUUUACUUGGAGUAAAAAGAAUUGAUGUUGCACCUGAAAAACAGAUUGAAGUCCUUGGCUAUGGAAGCACAUGGUUUUGUUUAUGGUUGUGGACAGUUCACAGUGCAGAUGCGUUUAUGCAUUUCACCUUACUAACAAUAAUGUUUGGGAAUUUGUGGCGCUGGCUGCGAUUUAAUUUGUACGCAAGCAUUCCCAAUAUUGUUAUUGUGUCAAUCAUAUGCCAAAUCCAUUUAAUGCAGAUGAAAAAUCUACUUGGAGUGAGUCAAUGAUCCUAACAAGAAUCCAAGAAAAAGCUGUACAGUUUUUAAGAGCCUUGCAACACUUUUAAUGCAUAUAUACAAAAUUAUUUUCAAGUAUCAACCACGAAGCCUUGUUUAGAAAUGAAAAACAACAUGGAAACCUUAUUACUUUAUUACUCUGAAUGUUUUGAUUUUUCUUUGAAAUCAGGAUAGGAUUGGUCUAAAUACAUUUUCUGCUAAACACAUUUAUAUAAUGACAGAAGGAAGUAUAGCUACGUAUAGUAAAUUUAUUAAUUCUUUUUAUCACAAAAUCAAAUUAACGCGUUUCCAUAUUUAUCUUUAAUUCCAUAUUUAUAUUUAAUCCGAAUAAAGAGACGUAAUUAAAUCAUUUAGAGUCCAUUGUCUCACUUACAACGACCCAGACAGCUUAAUUAAAACCUUUAAUUCUCUUUAAAUGCUUCCAACAGCUGUCAAUAUUCCUUUUUGUGCAUGCUGUUUUUUUUGGACUUAUUAUUUUCUACAGUUGCGAUAAUUUAUGUGAUAUGGGUGCUAUGUUCAUAGUGCUAACUACCGCUGGUAUUUUUUUCUGCGACCGGGUAGUAUUUUUUAUUGUUGCUCUGCCUGACGAUUCAAUUAACCAUGGUAUAAAUUAAUUGACUAAUUAUUUUGUUGAGUUUUUUUUGUUAUUUUUUAAUCCCGUUUAGUAUCUUGUACUCUCCGUAAUUUCUCUGUAAUAUGACAAUUUCUUUUGUUUACAGGAAAAUUAAUUUUAAAUCUCGAGUUUUGGUUGUUUUUGUUAUGUUUUUUAUGCUAGUUUAAAUGAGGGAUGGGCCAUAACAGCGUCCGUAUAAAAGAAAGCCUACGAAACUGGUUGUCAUGGGCACUUGUCAUGUCAACUUAAGGUCAUAUACCGAAAGAUCAGUAAUAAAGUUUCACCAUUUCCCCAAUAAAGGUUCUAACCGGAAAGAAAACUUUUGUCGGGAAAAGGUUUGUCUAUGUUAAGUGUGGCAAAUUUGCAUGUGAUCACUUUGCUUAAAAAACUAAAUGAAUUUAUAUAAAUAUUGUGUUUUUUUAAAUGCUAGGUAGUUUUAAUUUUAUUGUCAAUUUAAAUAUUAAGAGAAAGGAAAGAAAAAUAGUUAUUAUAGUA